GCCGUUAUUGCGUUGUUAGGGAAGUAGAAUUCCAUUCCGUGUUCCAUUUUGUAGUAUUUACUUUUACUAUAAUAGUUGCUGUAACGACGAUGCCUGUUGGUAUUUAAACUUAGUAUUUAUUUAAAUAAAAAUCAGUAAAAAGUAAAAUGGGGAGCAAUAAUAGUAAAUCGCACGACACAGCUGCUGCUAGCCAAAAAAACGAAACCGGCAAGGACAUUGGCGGCAAUCCUGAUCCUCGUUCGCCAACGCCAGAAAUAACUCGGACUCCAUUACAGAAUAAACCGGGAUCGAAACAUCACAUUACUAAAAAUAUGGAUUUAAGAAAGGCCUUAGAAAAUGACAAGAGUGAAAGAAAGCUUAUUCAUAACAACCCUAUUCUAUCAGCAGUUAUAAAGAACCAUUUGCAAUCAUUUGACCCAAGGUCCCCAACUCAAGAAUUUAAUAGAACACCUAUUGUUAUUACAUCAAAAACAAGUGAAGCAAGGGUGGAACAAACAUUUGAUGUUAAUUACUGUGGUAGUCCCACUCUGGAUAACACUACACUUGAUUCUAGUAACAUUCAAAUAUCACCAGCAUGUCCUGAACUUGUACCUAAAAACCUCUAUAAUGAAUUCUACGACCUGAGUCUUAGUGAUAGUUUAAAUAAUGAAGAACCACUUGGUUCCUCAACUGCAUCUAACGAGGUGUUGGAAAAUAAUAUUUCUCAUGGGUCACCUAAACUAACUCAGCUACUGGAAACAAAUUUUGAUUGUAAUGAAAAUGGUAUAAUCAAAAUCAGUGAAAUGGAUGAAACUGAUGGUAUCACAAAGAAAAAUGAAACAUUAUUUAGUCUGCUUAACCCAGAAAUAAGCAAUGUUCCAAUAUUUAAAUUACUUAAUGAUGACCCUCGAUCACCUUCCUUUGGCAUUGACCGAACCCCCAUUGUAGUUUCAAAACAUGAAGAACCUUGUAUUGAAGAAAAUGUGGAAGAGAUGUCUAAUGAACUGCUUAUUAAAGUAUUAGAAAAUUCCAAUUCAGAGAUUAAACAUAUUAUAAAUGCAGAAAACAAUUCUGAAGGUAUUCCUAUUUAUGAGGACAUAGGUAACAAUUCAAAUGAUACACCAAAAAAAUCAAAAUCUGCCAGCAAUGAUGGUUCAAGAACACCAUUAUCAUGUAUGAAGAAUAAACCUGAACCAAGUCAUGGCAGAUCAAAGUCUGCUAACACUUUGUUUGACCCUAAAGCUAAAAAAGGAUUGUCCCAAAUACGAAAACAUGUUUCUCAUAUUCCAAGGCUAAAAUCCUUAACAAAACCAAAUGGUCUUUCAUUGGGCAGCAGUAUUUCACUUAAAAAUUCUACUAUGAAUGGAGACUGUGAGAACACACCACCACAUUCACAUCGUGAUAAAUGGGACAAAGAAAGUAGUAUUGUCCUUUAAUUUUUAUAAUCUUACUGUGUAAUUUUAAUAAUUAGCUAAUUUUGUUGUACCAAGUGUUAAAAUGUUAUUUUCAUGUAUGAAGAAUAUCAUAUCUCAAAAUAAAAGCUAUAAUAUGUGGGUACAACAAAUUUUCUAGCAUAGAAAAAAGGAAUUGAUAAAAUUGUGUUCAUUUAAUUUGGACUAAGACAUUUAUUAUCAUUAUUUGAUAUGAAUAAAAUGUAACCGACUA